UCCUCAACGGUUUAGAUAUCGAUUGUCCAUCUCUAGGAUUUGUGUCUAGAUUUGUCGGAAAAGGACGUCCUUGAGGAUAUAUACAUCUACCCAGUUCAUCUCAUCAGCUUGAUAUUCUUGCUUCAACCAACAUACACCCCAGCAAGCUGUCAGUCACACCACAGUACAAAAUGGACGUCAACAACCUCUUCUCCAUCAAGCAGGGCAAAGUAGCCCUCAUAACCGGCGGCGCCAAAGGCGUCGGCCUCAUGAUCUCCACCGCCUUUGUGUCCGCCGGCGCAAAAGUGUACAUCUCGUCCCGCGACGCCACCGCCUGCGCCUCCGCCUGUGCAACCCUCAACACCAUCACCCCCAACUCGGCCUUCUCCCUCCCCGCCGACCUCCAGUCCGAAAAAGAAGUCCACCGCCUAGCCGCCGAGCUCACCAAGCUCGAGCCGGGGGGGCUGCACAUACUGAUCAACAACUCGGGCGCCACCUGGGGCGAGCCCUACGAAAAGUACCCCGACGCCGCCUGGACCAAGCUCCUCACCCUCAACCUCACCCGCGUCUUCACCCUCACCCAGGCGCUCACACCCCUGCUCAUCAAGGGGAGCAAACAAGACGAUCCGGCGAGGGUGGUGAAUAUCGGCUCCAUCGAUGGGUUGCGCGUUCCUCUCCUUCCAACGUUUGCGUACAGUGCCUCCAAGGCGGGCCUGCACCAUCUGAGCAGACAUCUUGCUGUUGAGCUGGGACCAAAGGGGAUAACGGUGAACAACCUCGCGUGUGGGCCUUUUCCGAGCAAGAUGAUGAAGCAUACUUUGGACACGAUGGGGGAGGUGAUCAAGGAGGCGAAUCCGUUGGGCCGAGUAGGACAGCCCGAGGAUGUGGGUGGGGCGUGUUUGUUUUUGUGCAGCAGGGCGGGGGGAUAUGUCAACGGGGCUACUUUGGCGUUGGAUGGGGGGGUUCAUUUGAUGGCCAAGAUUUAGGGGCAGAGAGAAAUCAGGAAUGGGGAGAAGGUUAAUGGGGUUAUAUACCAAAGAGCGAAAGAUAUUCCCUCUGUUUAGAAGUGGUUGCGUUAUGCGAGCAAGAAGCGUUGAACAAUCGACCGGCAUGUGAAUAUUUAUUAGAUAUUUACAUGAUCAUGUCAAGACUGGACAUCUUCAACAUGGGGAGAUGGCCUUGUGAGAAUGACUUCAAGUU